AUGGCGGCAUUUGCAAAGCUCGCCAUGGAGUGCCUCCAGGACCCACUCAUCUGGCUCUUCCUUGGCUGGAUGGCCUUCCUCCUCCUCCAAAGGCGGAGUCACGGUGACCCGCCGCUGCCGCCGGGCCCGAAGCCGCUGCCGAUCAUUGGCAACAUGCUGAUGGGGGACCAGUUCACCCAUCGCGGCCUGGCCACGCUCGCCAAGCAUUACGGCGGGCUGCUGCACCUGCGCGUCGGCUCCCUCCGCAUCUUCGUGGUAUCGACGCCAGAGCUCGCGCGCCAGGUGCUCCACACGCAGGACGCCGACUUCGCGCACCGUCCGGCCACCGCCGCCGUCCGCUACCUCACCUAUGGCCGCUCCGACCUGGCCUUCGCGCACAGCGGCAGCGCAUACUGGCGCCAGAUGCGCAAGCUCUGUGCCACCAAGCUCUUCAGCCGCCGCCGCCCCGAGACGUGGCUCGCCGUGCGCGACGGGUACGGCGCGCUGGCCCGCGCCGUCGGAGAGUCCAGCGGCCAGGCCGUCAACCUCGGCGAGCUCAUCUUCAGCCACACCGUGCGUGUCAUCUUCCGCGCCGCCUUCAGUACCGUCUACGACGACGAAAGACUGGAGGAGUUUAUCUCCAUGUUCCCGGAGUUCUCCAAGCUCUUGGAAGCAUUCCACAUCGGUGACUUCUUCCCGUGGCUCAGCUGGAUGGGCCGGCGGGGCUUCCAACGGCGCCUUGGCGCGGCGCGGGAUGCUCUUGGUGAGUUUUUGGACAAGAUCAUUGAUGACCACGUGAGGAGGGGCAAAAACCCCGAGGAUGCCGAUGCUGACAUGGUGGAUGGCCUAUUGGGGUUUAUCGCCCAAGCAAACCAAGCAGGAGGCGGGAAGGACGGCGACGGUGGGCCCCGCUUCACAUGCGACAACGUCAAGGCCGUCAUGACGGACAUGUUGUUUGGAGGGCCGGACACAAUAGGGGCUACAAUCGAGUGGGCGAUGGCAGAGAUGAUUCGGAGCCCUGAAAUCCUUCUACGGUUGCAGCAGGAGCUCACCAAUGUCGUGGGGCUCGGCCGGGCCGUGGAUGAGUCGGACCUUGACAAGCUCCCAUUCCUCAAAUGCGUCGUCAAGGAGACGUUCCGCACGCACCCGCCCAUCCCGAUGCACCUCCACGGGACAACCAAAGACUGCAUCCUCGGCGGCUACUCGGUACCCAGCGGCUCCCGUGUCUUGAUCAACGCCUGGGCCAUCGGCCGUGAUGGCGAGGCGUGGAAGGACGCUGACAAAUUCCGGCCAUCGAGGUUCAUGUCUGGAGAGGGAGAGGCCGCCCGGCUAGACCUUAAGGGCGGCUGCUACGAGUUCCUGCCGUUCGGUGCCGGGCGACGUUCGUGCCCGGCGCAGGGCCUCGGCCCGUACGCGGUGGAGUUUGCCGUCGCGACACUCGCGCAUGGGUUCGAAUGGGAGCUACCGGAUGGCAUGAAUCCUGCAGAGCUUGACAUGGGCGACCUGUUCGGCGUCACCGUGUCACGUGCAAAACGUCUCUAUGCCGUACCCAAGCCACGUCUCACCUGCUCCUUGUAG